CGUACCAUGUAUGCGCAGGGGCUGCCGGGGCUGGUGGUGCUGCUGCUGGUCACCUCACUGCCAGCUGGUCACCCCGCGCCGCCGGCCGGCCCCCCGGCCCUGCGGAGCGGUUUGGGUAGUUCUUCUUCGUGCCGGCUGUCCCAGACCGAAUCGGAGCUCAGGUGCCGUGUCCCAGGGGGGAAGCUGUGCAGUGACAGGGGCAGAUGCGAGUGUGGAGUCUGCAUUUGCCAAGUGACCGAGUCCGGCAAAUACUAUGGUCCUCUCUGCGAGUGCCACGACUGGGUGUGCGAGACCUACGACAGCAAGAUCUGCGCAGGUGGAUAG